AUGGGGAGGAUUUUUGUUAUCAGUCUUGAAGGAAGUUUCUAUAGCUGCAAGCACUGCCAUACCCAUCUUGGUUUAUCCAAGGAUAUCCUAUCCAAGUCAUUCCACUGCAGGCAUGGCAGAGCUUAUCUCUUUGAUAAGGUUGUCAAUAUAACAAUUGGAGAACAAGAAGAGCGGAUGAUGAUGACUGGAAUGCACACUGUUGUUGAUAUAUUCUGCGUUGGUUGCGGUUCAAUUGUCGGUUGGAAAUAUGAGUCUGCAUAUGAGAAGUCUCAGCAGUACAAGGAGGGAAAAUUUAUACUUGAGAGGUUUAAGGUGUUGGGCCCUGAUGGAAGCCAGUACAGGGUCCGUCCGGAAGUUCAGGUUGCUGGUAGCGAUGCUGAGGAUGCUUGAUUGGUCAUUCAGUUUGCAAAUUGAUCCCCUUUUUUUCAAAUGUACAUCCUCUUCUAAUUUUGUUUCAUCAAAGCCUGCUAUCCAGGUUCUUAAAUUUCAUUGUUUUCUUAUUCUAGCCUGUUCUGCAAACAGCCAUAUUAGACUUAUUUCGGAAUAUCUAACAAUGAUAUUCAUAUAGAUGAAAGUACUUAUGGGAUAA